GGCCCAUGGCGAGGCAGCCGGGUUGCUAGCGGAGCCGCGCGUGCAUGUGUGUGCGUGUGUCUCGCGGAUGUAGCAGCGCAUGGAUCGUUUCGGUCUCAGGUGCGCGGCGCUGCUGCUGGCGGUGACGCUCGCGCCGCUUGUCGCAGCACUUAAAUGUGUGUGCCAGCUGUGUGCGAAUCACACCUGUGAGACGGAGGCUGAGGGAGCAUGCUGGAACUCAGUGAUGCUCAUCAAUGGAAAGGAGGAGGCCUUAAAGUCCUGCCUGACCCCCAACGAGCUUAAGGGACAGGUGUUCUGCUACAGCUCCAAAGAUGUGUCAAAACGCAACUGCUGCUUCACUGAUUUCUGCAACAAUGAAACACUUCACUUACGCCCAGAAAUACCCUCUGAGGUCUCUGACUGGGGCCGGCUGGAGUUAUCGGCUGUGAUCCUGGUACCGUCCUGCCUGCUGUGUGUUGGUGUGUUUCUGGGUGUGUGUGCCGUCCGGAACCAGCGCUGCCUGCACAGCAAGAGCCGAAACCAGGAUCCAGAGGAGCCGCUGGACGACCAGAGUCUCGUGUCGUCAGAGAAAUGCCUGAAAGACCUUAUUUAUGACAUGACCACGUCAGGCUCAGGAUCAGGGCUGCCACUGCUGGUACAGAGGACAAUAGCACGAACCAUAGUGCUGCAAGAGAGCAUCGGUAAGGGUCGUUUUGGAGAGGUGUGGCGAGGGAAGUGGCGGGGAGAAGACGUGGCUGUAAAGAUCUUCUCUUCCCGGGAUGAACGCUCCUGGUUCCGUGAGGCCGAGAUCUACCAGACCAUCAUGCUAAGGCAUGAGAACAUCUUGGGCUUCAUAGCAGCUGAUAACAAGGAUAACGGUUCAUGGACUCAGCUCUGGCUGGUGUCAGAGUAUCAUGAACACGGAUCACUGUUUGACUACCUGAACAGAUACACAGUGUCUAUAGACGGCAUGAUCGUCCUAGCACUGUCCAUCGCCAGCGGCCUGGCUCACCUUCACAUGGAGAUCAUCGGCACUCAGGGAAAACCAGCUAUCGCUCACAGAGAUAUAAAGUCCAAGAACAUCUUGGUGAAAAAGAACAGCACUGCGGUUAUCGCUGACCUGGGCCUAGCGGUCAAACAUGACUCCACCACCAACACUAUUGACAUCCCGGCUAACCACAGAGUGGGCACCAAGAGGUACAUGGCUCCUGAGAUUCUGGAUGACACCAUUAACAUGAGCAGCUUCGAGUCGUUUAAGCGGGCUGAUAUCUAUUCUCUGGGUCUGGUUUUCUGGGAGCUGGCCAGAAGAUGUUCAGUCAGAGGGAUACAUGAUGAUUUCCAGCUGCCUUAUUAUGACCUGGUGCCUUCUGAUCCGUCAGUAGAGGACAUGAGGAGGGUCGUGUGUGAGCAGAAGCUGCGGCCGAACAUCCCCAAUCAGUGGCAGAGCUGCGAGGCCCUGCGAGUGAUGGGUAAGAUCAUGAGGGAGUGCUGGUUCACCAACUCGGCAGCUCGUCUCACUGCGCUCCGUGUCAAGAAAACCGUCUCUCAGGUGACAGUCAUUAAAGAUGUUAAAGAAUAGCACACACACUACACAUUUAAAGACGCUCAUGACCUCUGAGCGACCCCUUCAUCCCCAAUUAAGGGACCACAUGUCAGAAGUCCAUGAUGUCGAACACUCUGCCGCCAGACUGAGAGUGAGAAGGAUAUCGAGCUGCUCAGAGCGAACCUGGACUCAUUUAGAGAGUGCAGAAGGUGCAGGGAGUCUGCAGAGAAACUGUGAACGUUUUGUAUAUGAGCAAGAAUUCUAUCAUUAUCUGGAUGACAUACUAAACACUGCCUCAUUUCAAUCUUUUUUUCAUUUCCUUUCUUUUUUUCUCUCUCUUUAUUUUUUCCUUUACAGCCUCUUAACUCCUUUUAUCUCGUCUCGUUUGGUCUCUUUCCUUUCUCACUCCUCCAGUGGCUUUUGAUGUUUUUUCUAUUUGCUGCAGCACAUGAAAAGCUGUACCCAAUCACUCCGCAUUUUUCAGUAAUGUGACAGUUAAUGUGUUAACAAUGUAUGCCGAUAUGCCAGUUCAUUAUCUACCAGGGAGCUUUUCUUACAGACCGUUUUAUCGGGUAAAAACUACAGUAUCCCUGCAGGAACCCCUAACGUUGUAUGGUGUUGUCAUUACGAGAGGUGUUCAAGUCAAACCAAGACUUUUGAUUGUGCAGUUUAACAGAACACAGAUAUUAAAGUACAACUUCCCUUUAUUUCUCUAUAUAAUCCACUGCUACACUAAUGCACUUAUCCCAGCAUUUUACUAAUGCUUGGACACCAUCAAGGUAUCCAAACCCAAAAAGGUUUUAGGCUCCAUCCAAAACACAACAUCAGGAUUUUUUUUUUUUUUACACAAAAUGCACUUAAUACAAUGUUGCAAAUGCAACCUUAAAACAACAGAAUAUCAGCAUUUACUCAUAGCGUUUCGAACGUUAAGGUCCCGAAGCCUAAGUCUGCAUGUUCUUCCCGUGUUUGGUGGGUUUUCUCCGCAUACUCCGGCCUCCUCCACAGUCCAAAGACUAGCAGAUUAGUGUCACUGCCAUUCCCAAAUUGCCCGUAGUGUGUGAAUGAGAGUGUGAGUGUGUGUGCCCUGCGAUAGGUUGCCCCCUGCUAUCCAGGGUGAACCCUGCCUUGUGCCCUAAGUCUCCUGGGAUAGUCUCCAGGGCCCCUGCAACCCUUUAACGGGAUAGAGCGGUAUAGACUAUGAAUGAGUGAGUGAGUGGUUUGAUGGCGAGUUUCCAACGUUGUGUCCGUCAAGUAGUCAACACUGGUCCAGCAUUACUUUAGCAAAACAACCUGGCACUAAAGGUGUCCCAACAUCUGUAGUAUUGUCAAAUUAACAUUUCCAUAACAUUUUUAAGGCUAAAAUUUUCUGUUGGGUUUGGUUACUUUUGUCAAUCUUCAAGGACAGAUUGUAGCUCAACUGUUGGUCUGCUCAAACCAUAUUCAUUAGUGAAAAGGGAACACCGUAUGACUAUAAUCGCACAAAUAUUAUCUGAAUGGUGAAACUUUUCAGGACAGCAAAGACGGCGAUGUGGUUGUGUGUGUGUGUGUGGUCCUGCUAUGAGUGUAUCAAGUAUAGCAGUGAACCCUGAGUUUUUAUGUAUCUAUGUCACUGCUGGAUAUCCAUCAACCAAAAAUAUCCACCCAGUCUACAGCUAUGCUUCAGCCAGAACCUGACACUAAUGAUGGGUCCAACAAAAUGUUUUAGGUGUACAGUUUUUCCUGUUGUAUUAAUGUUUCCAUUGCAACAAGAAACACAUGCUUAUUUUUGUAAUUAUUUCAGUUUUGGUCUUGUCUCCACGUCUUUUACCGUCAUUGCUUUUCUUCCUCAAUUGCCUACACCUUUUUUUUAUGUUUCUUUGUUCAUGCCUAUGAAUUUUUGUGUGUGUUCUGCGUAUGCAUAAUACACACGUGAUUUUCUCUAUAAGCGAACCCACACGGCGGCAUGGUGGUGUAGUGGAUAG